AUGGGCCCUCGAGUUGCAGGCUUCCUCAUUGGCGGCUUUGUUACGGCGACGGCAUCCGCCGUCCUCCUGCAGUACGACGUCCUCCGCAAACAGGAGUUGACUACUAGGAAGACAGAGGAAAUGGCUGUCCAGGCAGACAUAAUCGUGCAUCGGUUUCGCGUAGUAGAAGCGGGGUUACGCACCCUAUCAGAGGGUAUUGAGGCUCCCCCCAGCGCUACAUGA